AUGAUUUCUCUUCACUUUGUCUCCAAAGCUCCUGCAGCCUCUCCCUCGCUCUUUGACUCGCUCCUUCUGCCCGGCGUGUCUCGCACCUUCAUCCAGGGGAAGACUCUCCAUCUCUCCAUCGCGUCCUCACCGUCCUCCGCUGCCCUGGUCGUUACCUCCAGUGCCCUCUCCUGCAUCUCUUCUGCUGCUUCGUGUGGACUCCCGACUGAACCGCUAUACUCAUACACAGCCUCGUCACCUCCCGCCUUGACUAUUGUAACUCCCUCCUGUUCGGUCUCCCUCAAAAAACCCUCCAUAAACUCCAACUGGUCCAAAACACUGCUGCCCGUCUCAUCACACACCCCCCUGUCCUCACCCCCUCCAUCAACCACACCCCCCCUCCAUCAACCACACCCCCCUGUCCUCACCCCCUCCAUCAACCACACCACCCCUGUCCUCACCCCCUCCAUCAACCACAUCACCCCUGUCCUCACCCGCUCCAUCAACCACAUCACCCCUGUCCUCACCCCCUCCAUAAACCACAUCACACCUGUCCUCACCCCCUCCAUCAACCACAUCACCCCUGUCCUCACCCCCUCCAUCAACCACAUCACCCUGUCCUCACCCCCUCCAUCAACCACAUCACCCCUGUCCUCACCCCCUCCAUCAACCACAUCACCCUGUCCUCACCCCCUCCAUCAACCACAUCACCCUGUCCUCACCCCCUCCAUCAACCACAUCACCCUGUCCUCACCCCCUCCAUCAACCACAUCACCCCUGUCCUCACCCCCUCCAUCAACCACAUCACCCUGUCCUCACCCCCUCCAUCAACCACAUCACCCUGUCCUCACCCCCUCCAUCAACCACAUCACACCUGUCCUCACCCCCCCUCCAUCAACCACACCCCCCUGUCCUCACCCCCCCUCCAUCAACCACAUCACCCCUGUCCUCACCCCCCUCCAUAAACCACAUCACACCUGUCCUCACCCCCCCUCCAUCAACCACACCCCCCUGUCCUCACCCCCCUCCAUCAACCACAUCACCCCUGUCCUCACCCCCUCCAUCAACCACAUCACACCUGUCCUCACCCCCCCUCCAUCAACCACACCCCCCUGUCCUCACCCCCCUCCAUCAACCACAUCACCCCUGUCCUCACCCCCUCCAUAA